AUUCAAGUGAGAUAUUCACAUUUCACACACCUCUCUUCUCUAUCUAUACAUACACACAAUCUGUAUCUAUCUGCUUACUUGUCUCAAGACUACUUUGAAUCCUCUUUUAGCUGUCCAAAUCAAAAUCUUUGUCAAGUAAUUACUCACACCCUCUAGAGCCGUGUAAAGAUUGUAUCUCUGCUCUUUGAAAAUAACCAAUUUUAAAAACCCUAAUUUCAAGAUUUCGAGAUUUUGAUUUUUAGCUUUGGGUUGGCUUUGUUGCAUGAUUUGGGGAAGACCCUUUUGUGAUUUUGAUCGAUCGUGUUGGAUUGAAGCUCAAUUUUGAUAAAUUGUGUUGAUAAAAGUAGGGGGUUUUGUGUUAAGUGGAGAAGAAAUGGAGAAGUAUGAGCUUGUUAAAGAUAUUGGGGCUGGGAAUUUUGGUGUUGCAAGGCUUAUGAGGAACAAAGAAACUAAAGAGCUUGUUGCCAUGAAAUAUAUCGAAAGAGGACACAAGAUUGAUGAGAAUGUUGCGAGGGAGAUUAUAAAUCAUAGAUCACUUAGGCACCCGAACAUAAUAAGAUUUAAGGAGCUGGUACUCACCCCCACCCACCUUGCUAUUGUCAUGGAGUAUGCAGCUGGAGGAGAACUUUUUGAGCGCAUCUGCAAUGCAGGGAGAUUUAGUGAGGAUGAGGCCAGAUACUUCUUUCAGCAGUUAAUAUCAGGGGUCAACUACUGUCAUUCCAUGCAAAUAUGCCACAGGGACUUAAAGUUGGAAAAUACUCUCUUGGAUGGGAGCCCUGCACCACGUCUGAAAAUAUGUGAUUUUGGGUACUCGAAGUCUUCCCUGCUGCAUUCAAGACCCAAAUCAACUGUUGGUACACCAGCGUACAUUGCUCCGGAGGUUCUUUCUCGCAAAGAAUAUGAUGGAAAGAUGGCAGAUGUAUGGUCGUGUGGAGUGACACUGUAUGUUAUGCUCGUAGGAGCAUACCCUUUUGAAGAUCAGGAGGAUCCGAAAAAUUUCAGGAAGACUAUUCAGCGGAUAAUGGCUGUUCAAUACAAGAUCCCAGACUAUGUUCACAUAUCACAAGAGUGUAGGAAUCUUCUUUCUCGUAUUUUUGUUGCUAGUUCAAACAGGAGAAUUACAAUUAAAGAAAUCAAGAACCACCCAUGGUUCUUAAAGAAUUUACCAAGAGAAUUAACAGAAGCAGCUCAAGUCAUGUACUACCGCAAGGAAAACCCGGCCUUCUCUCUUCAAAGUGUGGACGACAUAAUGAGGAUUGUGGAAGAGGCCAGGAGUCCUCCUCCAGUUUCACGUUCUAUUGGAGGCUUUGGAUGGGGAGAGGAAGAAGAUGAGAAAGAAGAGGAAGAUCUAGAAGCUGAGGUAGAUGACGAGGACGAGGAUGAGUAUGAUAAGCGAGUGAAAGAAGCUCAUCAAAGUGGGGAAGUCCCUCUUACCUAAGAGACUAUGACUUAUAUCUAAAAACUAGUCCGUUAUCCAUGAACUUCAAGCUUGUUUCAUGAUUGUAAGAUAUAUGUGUUUAUAUCCUCAUGUUCUGUAAAUUUUGUGCGUGGGAGGAGUUAAUAGGGUUGUUUAUGCACAUGCGUGAGAUUGAGAAUACUUGUGUGUUUCUGGUUUGAUCUUAAAAUGCUAUUUGUUUGAAUUCCAGGUUUGUGUAACAUUUUUUCUAAAAUUCCCGUCCCUGUAUAAAAGAUUUGAGGUUCAAAUGCCUUAAUAUAUAAGAUCAAAAUUUUGUGUA